GCCCGUAUUAAAAAGAUUAUGCAAGCUGAUGAAGAUGUUGGCAAGAUAGCUUUGGCAGUGCCUGUUUUAGUCUCGAAAUCUUUGGAAUUGUUCUUGCAAGACCUUUGUGAUCGUACGUAUGAGAUUACCCUUGAAAGAGGAGCCAAGACCGUCAGCUCAUUGCACCUAAAACAUUGUGUGGAAAGAUAUAACGUGUUUGAUUUUCUGAGGGAAGUUGUGAGUAAGGUGCCUGACUAUGGUCAUUCGCAAGGGCAAGGCCAUGGUGAUGUUACCAUGGAUGAUCGCAGCAUCUCCAAGAGAAGGAAGCCCAUCAGCGACGAAGUGAAUGACAGCGACGAAGAAUAUAAGAAAAGCAAAACGCAAGAGAUGGGGAAUGCUAAGCCCAGUGGCAGGGGUGGUAGAGGAAGAGGGCGGGGAAGAGGUCGUGGUGGACGAGCUGCAAGAGCAGCCGAAAGAGAGGGUCUCAACCGCGACAUGGAACUAGAAACCGCCAUAGUGGGACAGCCACCUCCAGAAGACAGUAUUAAGAUGCAUCUAUCAGAGUCAUCACCACAAGAGAAUGAGAAGAAAGACGUUGAUGGCUCAGCAGCAUCUAACGAAGACACCAAGCAACACCUUCAAAGUCCAAAAGAAGGCAUCGACUUUGAUCUCAACUCUGAAUCUCUUGACCUAAAUGAGACCAGACUGGCACCAGCCACAGGCACAACAAGCAGCGUAGCCACAGCCCCAGAGGAAUAUUCGGGAUGGCCUAUGAUGGAUAUUGGCAAAUUGGAUCCAGCACAGCUUGCCAGUCUGGGUAAGAGGAUAGACGAGGAUGAAGAAGAUUAUGACGAAGAAGGCUAAGGCAUGGCAGUACCAUAGGAUAUAUAGAGUAGCAGCGUUUAGCGGUUUGUUUAGAAAAUGCUUCCUUCCUUCUGUCGUCAAAAUCUUCUUCCUUGCUUCCAUUUUAUUGUAUGAACCAAAGAUUGUAUGCGCUUUAUGAAACUUCUUAAUUUUAUUAUCCUGAUAUGUUA